AGAGCGCUGGAGCUUGUUUCCGGCCACCUCAGCGGGAAGCGGAGACGCAAGCAGCUAGGUCUUCGGAAACUGGGGUAGAGGUUUAACUGUUGUCCCGGCGGAGCAAGUCAAAACCCAUCUACGGCCGUCUGGGCCAGUGUUGGGUCUCCGUAGCCUGUAAAGAUGGUGUUGCUCACGAUGAUCGCCCGAGUGGCGGACGGGCUCCCGUUGGCCGCCUCGAUGCAGGAGGACGAACAGUCUGGCCGGGACCUUCAGCAGUACCAGAGUCAAGCUAAGCAGCUCUUCCGAAAGUUGAAUGAACAGUCCCCUACCAGAUGCACCUUGGAAGCUGGGGCCAUGACUUUUCAUUACAUUAUUGAACAGGGAGUAUGUUAUUUGGUUCUGUGUGAAGCUGCCUUCCCUAAGAAGCUGGCUUUUGCCUACCUAGAAGAUUUACACUCAGAAUUUGAUGAACAGCAUGGGAAGAAGGUGCCGACUGUGUCUAGACCCUACUCCUUUAUUGAGUUUGAUACCUACAUUCAGAAAACCAAGAAGCUUUACAUUGACAGUCGUGCUCGGAGAAACUUAGGCUCCAUCAACACUGAACUGCAAGAUGUGCAGAGAAUCAUGGUCGCAAAUAUUGAAGAAGUGUUACAACGGGGAGAAGCACUCUCAGCAUUGGAUUCGAAGGCUAACAAUUUGUCCAGUCUGUCCAAGAAAUACCGCCAGGAUGCGAAGUACUUGAACAUGCGUUCCACUUACGCCAAACUGGCAGCAGUAGCUGUGUUUUUCAUCAUGUUAAUAGUGUAUGUGCGCUUCUGGUGGCUGUGAAGUAGUGAGUCCAGUCACUGGCAAGGGAGAACCUAGAACCCGGCAGGUGUCUGUUUUCAGGAAGCUGAGCGCACAGAGAUGUGUAUUAGAAUCCAAGUGGAACUUCUGCCUCUAAAGACCUUGCAAGAAAAGACAUGUCCUGAAAAUGAAAGAUUACACCUCAUUUAAUGAAGCUUAGCCCUAUGUAGAAAGUAUCUUUCCGGGGCAGAGGCUUUCUCUGGGUGCUAAGCCAUAUACAUUAGGGAACAGUAGAUUGUUUUAUUUGUUUUUUUCCCCUCCCAGUGUUUUACAUUUUUCAAACAGCACUGACUGGGGCAUUCUCAUUCUCUAAUGGAGCCGUCAGUGAGAUUUGGCUUAACCAACCUAUGCUAGCAAGUCUGAAAUCCCUUCAGAGAAGGCAGCCCUUCAGGAAGUUUUUUGACUCUGUUUAAUCAACAUUCCUUUCGUUGGUGACAUUUGUGAUUUUCAGGAAUCUGAGUUGUUUGAUGGCCUUUUAAACAAGACUCCAGUAUGUGAAGGUUAAUUGCUGUGCUGCAAGAUAUCCUAUUGACCCCUAUAGGAAGUUAACCUUGUUUUUCAUUUAUGAUAAUUUGCUUAUUGCACAAUUGCUUUAGGGUUAAAUGAAUUAUAUUAAGAUGCCUUGAAAUUAUAUUACAGCACUCCUUGAUUAAGAAGCAAAAAUGUUUUCUGUCAUUUACUCUUAAAAGACUUAAAAUUAGUUUGGGACAUUCUUGAUUUUAUUUUUCUGCAUCUGGUUUAUAUUAAUAUAAGAGUGAGUAUAGCAUAUAGCCAGAGGCCCCUGACUUAGUGGGCAGACAGGCCAGCUCAUCACUACAGCUUUGUCCUCCUUCCUCACUUCGUCACUACGAUUUUCCCCACCUUUCCUCCUGCCACAACUUGCUAAGGUUUUCUGAAUUGCUCUGAGCCCUACAGUCUCAUGUCCCAUAACUGUCCUCUCAGUAUAUUCUCAAAUUUCAAAAUGGAAGAUAAUAGUUGCUUAGUUAAUUAAAUUGAAAUUUUUCAGAGCAACUACUCAAACUACUAAACAUAUUUAUCUAAGAAAAUCUGAGAGCACCUCAUAUCUGCUUCAGUUAUGUAAUUCUCUGAGAAUGUUCUAGAGAUAGACAGCUCAUUUACAGUAGAUUCUGUUAACAAAUAAAAGUACCUGAUUUUUCCCUUUUUUGCUCAGGGAUAAUGAGAAUUUCCUUUUACCUUCUGAGGUAGAAUUUUUUAAAUGGGGAGAAUAGGCCUUUUAAAUAUUGUCACAAGAGUGUACAAUAUAACCUCUAAUUCCUACACAUACUGCAAAUAUUUCUUUAAAUUGUACAGGAAAAUGAACCAACUUCUUACUUCUUAAGAUCUUUAGAAAGAACUUUAACCAGUAAGCAGUUUUAUAACUCAGGAUCAUCAAACCUACUAUUCUGAUUCCUGAUAGAGAAAAAAAAAAUCUUUUUUCUUUAAAACAAGGCAAGGAGAAAUGCUUAUUUUAUUCCUGAUAAUUUACAGAACUAGAAUAAAAUUUUUUUCUUCCCAUUUUGGACCUCUGUCUGCCAAUUGGAGUUUUGUGCAUGAAAUAAGAAGUUACUUUUUAUAGAGAAUAAGUGCUUGAAGUCCCUAAAAGUCUUGUCCCUCAGUAAUGAUGUUGGUAAUAAAAGCCUUUGAAAGGCUGAAAACCUAAAAUAGUAGUACCAUAGCUUUUGGUACUUCUGUAGAAGUGGAGAGUGAGUGGCAGCUCAUUGUUGAGAGUUGCAUGCUGCAACCAGGUGGUCAGCAAUGAAAUAAAUACUUCUAGAAUGUUCCCUUCAGUGUGAAACUUUGUUAUCUACUGUAGUUAACUUACAUGCACGUAUUCUAGAUACAUUCCUACCUAAAUUCAGAAGGUUAAUUAAAAAAUGAUAUGGGGUAGGGGAUGAGAAACAAAGGGAUAAGAAAGUAGUUUAUGAAUAUGAUGGUAGAAAAUGAGAGAGGAGGACUGUCAUAAUAUGGCUCCUACUUGUGUUCUUUAUUGGAGGAAGUUGCGAAGAUCUAAUUAGGUGGAAUGAACCAGCAACCAAACAGACAGCUAAAAUAGAAUGUAAUAAAUACUGUUCAGGGUUAUUGAGGGCACAUUAAGAAAGGACACCUAAUUUACUGUGGCAAGGAGGAUGGUAAGAGAAGGAGAGCAUGACUUCCCGUACAGAGUCAGUGACUUGUGCAAGUCAUGAGUUAAAAGAAUGAGGCACAUUUUGGGGGAUCAUAUUGCUUGGUUUGGGUUUCACUCGUGGCUCAGAUGGUAAAAAAUUUGCCUGCAGUGAGGGAGUUUGAUUGUUGGGUCAGGAACAUCCCCUCAGGGGAUGUUAAUUAUGUCCGACUCUUUGUGACCCAUAGACUGUAGCUCACCAGGCUCCUCUGUCCAUGGAAUUCUUCAGGCAAGAAUACUGGAGUGGGUUGCUGUGCCCUUCUUGGGAUCAUCCAGACCCAGGGAUUGAACCUGGGUCUCCCGCAUUGAGGGCAGAUUCUUUGCCGUCUGAGCCACUAGGUAAGCCUGAAUGGUGGUGGCCACAUAAUUAAGGCUUUUGGUUAGUGUAUUUAGCAGAAGUGACUGGUUGUCUUUUUAGCUCAGCAAAAAGGCAGAGGUCAUAAAGAUGUUACUCCUAUAAUUGCAAAUUAACUAAUUGAACCAAAUAGCUUGUACUUUUUAAAAGUCCCCAAAGAAGAAUUGGUAGCAUGUGUGACAUAGUUUGAGGUAGAAGGAGCAGAUUGAGUCCCACAUCCUUUUAAUCAUUACAGGUAGGGUUGACCCAACAGUCAACUGUCUUGAGCAAUUUAAUCACUCUGUUCUAAUAAAGUUUAUUUCAAGUGC